AUGUUGAAGUGUUAUGCGUGCUAUGGAAGAGGUUUGAUUGCUCAUAAAGAUGGAUCCGACACAAUAUGCGCAGAUUGUAACGGUAAGGGAAAGCUUCCUUGCCCAAACUGCCAAUCUCGCGGGUUAAUCAAAUGUCAGACUUGCCACGGUACUGGUUCUCUUCUAACAAGCAGUCUCGCUAUUGUAAGAUGGAAGACUCUGUCGAAGGGAAAAGCGAGUGCAACAAAAGGAGCAGAAGGAUUUCAGCUUUGCAACACACAAGCUUACCAGUGCACGCCUGCUUACUUUGCAGACUCUUAUUUCCUCAACAAGUUCUCCUCAGAUGUUAUCUCCUUGAGAGCUCAAGUUCCAACGCCGGAUGUUGUUGUCUGCGAGAGACACACCAUAUCUGUUGUGCCUGUGACUCGUGUCACCAUGGAAGAUCGUGGGAAAGCUUUCAACUUUUACAUAAUCAACCAAAUGGGAAACUUCUUCUGCAAAACGCUCUUGUUCGUGGCUGUUGUUGGAGUUCUCUUCAUACGCAAGAACGACGACGUGGACAAACUCAAGAAGCUUUUCGAUGAGACCACUUUGUAUGACAAGCAAUGGCAAGCAGCUUGGAAAGAUGGUGACGACUCCAACAAGUGA